AAGUCCAGGGUCGUGGAGAGGAAGCUCUGCUGGUCCUCGCAAGGCCUUCCUGUUUUUUGGCCCUGAGUCCUCAGAGGCAGGCACUCCAGGGCCAAAGGUCCUGACCACCUUCACCUCCAGGGCUUCAGAAUCUUGGAGCUCUGAGGCCAGGACAGGUCGUGGCGAUGUCCCUGCUGCUCAGACGGGGAAACUGAGGCACAGGGCUUGCCUGUGGCUUCCCGGAAGGACGAGGCUGCAGGCUUCUUACUCGGGACCUCCAGACUGCACCCCUGCUGGUAGGGAUGUGGAGGGCUGGGUUCCAGAGGGUGAGUUCUGCUCACACUUCCACCAACCGAUCAUCACCCAGAGGGAGUCUCCACGCUGCACAACCGGGCAGGUUCUCCAAAUUACCUUGAACAGGAGCGGGAAGCAGGCUCCCUUGAGGGGAAGUGAGGUGCCUGUCACAGAGGUAUUCCAGCAGAGGCCAGAAAGCCUGGACUUGGGAAGGAAGUCAGACUCACCGGGGCCCCUCUGAGGUCCCCAGCCAGCUAGAACAUUCUACGAUUCUAAAGUAUGGCAACUCUCAGAUUGUGGUUUAUAAAAUUCUGAGAGACUGAAAAAAAAUUUUUUUAAAGAUUUUAUUUAUUUAUUUGACAGAGAGAGACACAGCGAGAGCAGGAACACAAGCAGGGGGAGUGGGAGAGGGAGAAGCAGGCUUCCCGUCGAGUAGGGAGCCCGAUGUGGGGCUCGAUCCCAGGACCCUGGGAUCAUGACCUGAGCCGAAGGCAGACGCUUAACGACUGAGCCACCCAGGCGCCCCGAGACUGAAAAUUUUUUAAGCCUUUCAUUUUAGGAUUGUUGUGGUUUAUUUUUUUUAAAGAUUGUAUAUAUUUAUUAAUUUAUUUGAGAGAAAGAGCGAGCAAGUGGGGGGGCGGGGGGGGGGCGGAGAGAAGAGGGAGAGGGACAAGCAGGCUCCGCGCUGAGCAGGAAGGCCGACGAGGGGCUCAAUCUCAGGACCCUGAUAUCACGACCUAAGCGGAAAUCAAGGGUCAGUCGCUGAACUGACUGAACCACCCAGGCGCCCCAGGAUUGUUGUUUUAAUUGUCUCACUUCUCGUCGCCCCGACCUCGCCAUGCGGACCCCGCGAGCGCCCCCUCCUCGCCCGGCCCCACUGCUCCUACUGCUGCUACUGGGGGGAGCCAACUGCCUCUUCCCCGAGGAGCCGCCGCCACUUAGCGUGGCCCCCAGGGACUACCUGAACCACUACCCCGUGUUCGUGGGCAGCGGGCCAGGACGCCUGACCCCCGCAGAGUUUGCUGACGACCUUAACAUCCAGCGAGUCCUGCGGGUCAACAGGACCCUGUUCAUCGGGGACAGGGACAACCUGUACCGGGUGGAGCUGGAGCCCCCCACGACCACGGAGCUGCGGUACCAGCAGAAACUGACCUGGCCCUCCAACCCCAGUGACAUCAACGUGUGUCGGAUGAAGGGCAAGCAGGAGGGCGAGUGUCGAAAUUUUGUAAAGGUGCUGCUUCUUCGGGACGAAUCCACGCUCUUUGUGUGCGGUUCCAAUGCCUUCAACCCCGUGUGUGCCAACUACAGCAUGGACACACUGCAGCCCCUCGGGGACAACAUUAGCGGCAUGGCCCGUUGCCCGUACGACCCCAAACAUGCCAACGUUGCUCUCUUCUCUGAAGGAAUGCUCUUCACCGCCACAGUUACUGACUUCUUAGCCAUCGAUGCUGUCAUCUACCGCAGCCUGGGGGACCGGCCCACUCUGCGAACUGUGAAACAUGACUCCAAGUGGUUCAAAGAGCCCUACUUUGUCCAUGCGGUGGAGUGGGGCAGCCACAUCUACUUCUUCUUCCGGGAGAUCGCGAUGGAGUUUAACUACCUGGAGAAGGUGGUGGUGUCCCGCGUGGCCCGGGUGUGCAAGAAUGACCUGGGAGGUUCCCCUCGGGUGCUGGAGAAGCAGUGGACGUCCUUCCUGAAGGCGCGGCUCAACUGCUCUGUGCCUGGGGACUCCCACUUCUACUUCAACGUGCUGCAGGCCGUCACGGGUGUGGUCAGCCUGGGGGGCCGGCCUGUGGUCCUGGCUGUUUUCUCCACCCCCAGCAACAGCAUCCCCGGCUCGGCUGUCUGCGCCUUUGACAUGACUCAGGUGGCCGCUGUGUUUGAAGGCCGCUUCCGUGAGCAGAAAUCCCCUGAGUCCAUCUGGACACCCGUGCCGGAGGAUCAGGUGCCACGGCCCCGACCCGGGUGCUGUGCAGCUCCUGGCAUGCGGUACAACGCCUCCAGCGCCUUCCCCGAUGAGAUCCUCAACUUUGUCAAAACCCACCCCCUGAUGGACGAAGCGGUGCCCUCUCUGGGCCACGCGCCCUGGAUCGUGCGGACUCUAAUGCGGCACCAGCUGACGCGAGUGGCUGUGGACGUGGGCGCUGGCCCCUGGGGCAACCACACCAUUGUCUUCCUGGGCUCCGAGGUGGGCACCGUCCUCAAGUUCCUCAUCUGGCCCAACGCCAGCACCUCGGGCACCACUGGGCCCAGUGUCUUCCUGGAGGAGUUUGAGACCUACCGGCCAGACAGGUGUGGAUGGUCGGGCAGCGGCGAGGCAGGGCGGCGGCUCUUGAGCCUGGAGCUGGACACAGCCUCAGGUGGCCUGCUGGCAGCCUUCCCCCGCUGUGUGGUCCGCGUGCCCGUGGCCCGCUGCCAGCAGCACUCAGGGUGCAUGAAGAACUGUAUCGGCAGUCAGGACCCCUACUGCGGGUGGGCCCCUGAUGGUUCCUGCAUCUUCCUCAGCCCCGGCACCAGAGGCACCUUUGAGCAGGACGUGUCCGGGGCCAGCACCUCAGGCUUAGGGGACUGUACAGGACUCCUGCGGGCCAGCCUGGCAGAGGAGCGCGCCGGGCUGGUGUCGGUGAACCUGCUGGUGACGUCGUCGGUGGCGGCCUUCGUGGUGGGCGCCGUGGUGUCCGGCUUCAGCGUGGGCUGGUACGUGGGCCUCCGCGAGCGGCGCGAGCUGGCGCGCCGCAAGGACAAGGAGGCCAUGCUGGCCCACGGCGGCGGCGAGGCCGUGCUGAGCGUGAGCCGGCUGGGCGAGCGCCGGGCGGCCGGGCCCGGGGGCCGCGGCGGCGGCGGCGGCGGCGGCGUGGGGGGCGGCGGCGGCGCCGGGGGCCCCCCCGAGGCCCUGCUGGCCCCCCUGAUGCAGAACGGCUGGGCCAAGGCCACGCUGCUGCAGGGCGGCCCCCACGACCUGGACUCGGGGCUGCUGCCCACGCCCGAGCAGACGCCGCUGCCGCAGAAGCGCCUGCCCGCGCCGCACCCGCACGGGCUGGGCGCGCGCGCCUGGGAGCACGGCCCCGCGCUGCUCUCGGCCUCCGCCUCGUCCUCCCUGCUGCUGCUGGCGCCGGCCCGCGCCCCCGAGCCGCCGCCCGCGCCCCCCGCGCCGCCCGCGCCCGGCGAGCCGGCCCCCGACGCGCGCCUCUACGCCCGGCCCGGCCGCGCCCCGCACGGCGACUUCGCGCUCACCCCGCGCGCCAGCCCCGACCGCCGGCGCGUCGUGUCGGCGCCCACGGGCCCCUCGGACCCAGCGCCCGCCGGCGACGGCCUCCCGCCGCCCUGGAGCCCGCCGCCCACCGGCAGCCUGCGGAGGCCCGGCCCGCACGGCCCGCCGGCCGCCGCCCUGCGCCGCACGCACACGUUCAACAGCGGCGAGGCCCGGCCCGGCGACCGCCACCGCGGCCGCCACGUGCGGCCCGGCACGGACUUGGCGCACCUCCUCUCGUACGGGGGCACGGACAGGACUGCGCCCCCCGUGCCCUAGGCCGGGCCCGACGCCUCGGCGGUGCCAGCCACGGGAACCAGGAGCGAGAGAGCCGGCCCAGCUCCAGUGGGUGCUCAAGACCCCCAGCCCACCCUCGGGGGUGGGGGGCCCUCGGCCACACGGAAGCACAACGAGCUCGGCGCCCCCCCCCCGCCCCGCCCCGCCCCGCCCGGGGCCGCGGGACACUGAGGCGAUUUGGGGGCGGGGGGGCGGGAGGAAUGUGCUCUGGAUUUGAGGUUGACCUUCUGCGCGUGGGUUUGGGUUUGUUUUCCAAUUGGCGUUUCUUUUGCAGAUUUCUAUCCAAUUGCACAACUCCGUUCUCGGGGUGUCAGCCGGGGGGGGGGGGCUUGGAGGCGGCGGGACAGGGGAGGGGCCGCAGCCGCAGACCCAACCUCCCCGCCCCCCCCCUUUCCAGGCCCCUCCUCAACCCAGGCUCCUGGCGUGUGUGGGUGUGUGUGUGUGUGUGCAUGCCGUGUUCGUGUGCAAGGGGCCAGGAAGGGGAGGGAGGUGUGUGUGUGUGCCCACGAGGGCUGCUGCCGGCGUGUGUGUGUGUCGCGGCGGGCCACGCGUGCCGUGUACCUGUCUGUGUGCCAGGCGGUGGCCCCAGCGGCCUGGGCGUUGGCUGAGCCGGCGCCGGGGCUUCCAGAAGGCCCGGGGGCCUCCAAG